AGACUUUAAAAAAAUAAUGUGUUCUAUUCCUGAUGGAACUUAUGAAAUAAAAAUUGGUGAAACUUUUCUUAGAGGCGAUAAAAAUAAUAAAUCUUCCAAGGCUGAGUUCAACACUUUGAGAUUUGAUUUUAAACCUGCUUCUAUCACUGAUGGGUCAGAAGCUUUUCUUGCAAUUUCUUCAGGGGAAAAUAACGGAGUUCAGGUUAUUGUUCCCGGAGAAACAAAAAAGUCAACAAUUUUCCACGGAUCAAAAAAACCUUUGAAAGGAGACAAGGAAUGUUUAUUAAUUUUUGAUCAAAAUACUUGUCAACUUCGUUUGGAGAAACUUUCGGCUAAUAUUAAUGUUAAAAAGAGCAGAGACGCAAAAUUGUCAACUGAUGUAGAAGAACAAAUUGAAAAAAUGAUGAAAUUAAAAGCGCCUCCGCCCUCUCCAAUUAAAAUUAAAGAAGAAAUAAAAAAAGAAAGAUUAUUUUCAACAUCUUCAAAUUCAAUGAAUGAAGAGGAGGAGGAGGAUGAUGAAGAUAUGUUUGACGUUGAUGAAGAAGCUUCAGCUUUGGAACAGAUGAUGGCUCCAAAACAGUCCAAUUCGCAUAUUUCUGUAGCUGAACAACAACCAUUAUUAAAUUCAAUAAAAGUCGAACAAUCAUCAAUAAAAAUAGAAGCAAUUUCACCACAAAAAAUGGCAAAUAAUGGACAAAAUUUAACAGAAAAUAUCAAAAAAUCGCCUUCAAAAAAUAAUAAAAAAAGUAUUUUACACGAAGAUUUGGAAUUAAGUGAAAGUAGUUCAAGUGAAGAAAGUGAAGAGGAAGGAGAAGAAAGUGAUUAG